GCCUUUCACCACCACCACCAUCACCGCUUCCAUUAUCUCCUCCCGUCGCCCGGCUAUCCUGUCCAGGAUUUUAUUUAUGUGUCCAGGUGCUAUUUCUUGGAAUGCGUGACUUUUAGGCGACUGUGGAACGAUUUUGUUCGCUCAGCGAUCUUCGGGGGCGUCUUCCCUCCACCCCCAGCGCUCUUUUCGAAAGUUCGCGAUCCGAACGACUUGCUGUCUUCACGGACUGUGAAUCUGUUGAAGUUCGCCUGGUUUUAGGCCCUUUCUUGCCUCUGUCCUUCGAUCUCGAUGUCUGAUCGCAUCUUGUCGGCAUCGUUCCCAGCAGGACCUCCUUCGCCUUCGUCUCCGCCCGCUAUCUUUCUGAAAGAGGACCGUCCGGACCACACCCCACAUACUCCAAAAUCCCCUAUGUUGAUGUCGAUAAGCCCUCAGAAAUAUGCUCCCAACCUCGCCUCCUCACAGAUAUCACUUGGCCAGACGACGUCACAAUCCAUAAACCUCUCCUCCCCCCCUUCGUCUACGCCGAUGUCUACGCAAGUAUCACAACAGCCGAGCCUGAUGAGCGUGACAGCUUCGUUUCCGACUCCUGCUAGUAGUGUUAGCGGCCACGCCGUGAAUACGACGUCCAUUGACGAUUCCGAUAAUGUGGAGAGCUCAUUCGGUGCGGAGCCUGCACCCAAUGGUCCUCCGGAUGUGACAGUACCAAGGCAACAAGGAGAACACAGAAGAACGGAUCAUGAUCGACAUUUGGAGGCGCAUAACCCAGAGACUGGGGCUUAUGAUUCCUCGAAUAGCUUCGGCGGACUUGGAAAGGGGGAGAAGGAUGUCGAUGCUAUGGACAUUGAGAGAGACCACACCGCUGGCUCAUCUUUGAACAAUGAUCUCGGCUUAGAUUCCCUUCAGAAGAACUUCACAUCGGCUUUCCAUCUUUGCAAAAGCUCUCAUCCACCUACCGGUCCGGACCCGGCGUUGGACCUCAUCUCGUUAUAUGGGUUAGGUCCUGUUGCGAAAUCGGUUGCAAGAAUGGAUCCGGUAACGGGGGAGAAGAUCAAUAGACUAAGGAAGUCCUAUGAGGGGAAAUUAAAAGGACUAGGGCUUGCAGGAAGGAACAAACCCGUGAAGCAUGAAGUUGGUGCACCUGGAGGGCUAAGACACCUGACCAUGUGGCCCGAUGAGGAAUGGCAAAAUCAGAAGGUUUCCGGGAAAGAAAUCAAGAUUGCGGACAUUGACUCGGCGCUGUAUAACCUCCAGAUGAGAGCGAUGAAAAUGGAGCCCGGUACGGUACCUAAUCACGAAUACUGGGCGGACGUUUUAGGACACGAGAAACCAUCGAAACAUGCUGGCGGUAGCGAUUUCGGAAAGAAAGCGUUUAGUCCUUCGAAUGCUACCGGUCCAGGACAGUCCAAUGGUACUCCGAUCGCAGCGGAACCGGAGCGCACUCGACCGAGCCGUGGUAAAAAGCGGACUUACGAUGACAAUAGCUUUGUUGGUUAUGGUGAAGGCUACGCAGACGAUGAUGAUGAUAAUGCUUUCUACUCGAACAGCGAGGGUUUCGGGAAGAAGAAGCGGAAGAAGGUGUGAUGAGUCCUCCGUGGGUGGCAAUCUUAUCUUAUACCCGGGUCGCUGACCUUCUCGGAUCUUCCCAAGCAGGAUCCUGUUCUGAAGGUACCUACUCUGCCCGAACGGCGGGGAAGCUACGAAGCUAGCGUGCUUGGAAUAGGAGCCAGAUAAGAAAGCAGAAGGCAAGAACAAGAAAAGAUGAAAAAAUAAAGAAAAAAUUAAAAAGAACAGGGCAAAAGAGAUGCCGGAGGACGCUCAUUUCCUCCCCUGCAUAGCUCUGAGGGUUCGUAUGAGGCUUUGUCCUUGGGCUCUCGAGCUUGCAAAUUUGCGCGAUGUCGCCGUAUAGUCCAACAGUUCUAUAUUUUCCCCUUCAGUACAUUUUGCAUGACGGUGCUGGAUAUACCCGGCUUUUAUCAAUGGGAUGGCGUUUGGUUGGGCAGCAAGAAACGGUUUUUAUCAAAAAACACCUCUAAUGGUCCGCUUUUUUCUUAUUGUUUUCGUUCUCGUGCUGGUCGUCGUUUCAGUUAUUGCCUAUGCUUUCCCAUCGGCUGGUGGACGGCACCUUCUGUUUGAACUUACGGCCAUUGCUAUUGCAUUUCACAUGGAUAGGGAAAGGAACAAGGGAGAGAAUUCCAGUGGGUUUUCUCAUUGUCAGAUGACGGACAGGCUCUAGAAACAAGUGCUAAGUUCGGCGAAGUUGUGGGGCAUGGGAUAUGACAAAGCCAUGGCCACGAAGAAUAAUGUGUUGCAUCGUCAAGCAAAGGGACUUGAUAAUGAAGAGUUUGAUAAAAUGAAGAAAUAUGAUAGACGUGAUCUGCA